AUAAGUACUUUUCAGCAGUUUGUCGUGUCGUCUGGCAGCACAACAAAUCAAGAGCUCCCCAGUCAGUGAUUUUCUACGAGCGCAACAACGCGACGGAGCAACAGCGAGAACGAAAAGUAAAAAUACGAGAAUAACAAAUAAAAAACACAUUCGAGUCGAGUGUCGAGUGUGGCUCAAGGGAGCGAACAUACCGACGAGCGGGAGUAAUUUCUGAUUCUGAUUUGUGUGUGGUGUCGAGAAUCUAAAACUCACACAUACAAAAUAUUUCACAAAAGCCAACAGAGCGGCCGAAAGCAGAAAUCGGAAAGCAAAGCAGCAAACAGUAUCAAUACAACCAGCAACAGAAGCGACCGACACAAAGAUAAAUGCGAAUAAAGAAACAUCAUGAAAUGAAACGCAAAUAAAAUAGUGCAAACUUUUCAGAAACAAAGUAAACUAAUUUACAAAUUAAAUUCGUAUUGUGCAAUGCAAAGAAAUUACAAUUUACAAAACUAAGCAGCGCAGUCUUUGUUUCAAAAAGCUGGCAACGCUUUUGUUCAUUUAGUUUUGGCUUCUUUUUUUUCAACUCUUUCGGCAAGCAUAAAAAAAACCCGUGGUGAUAGUGAAUUCAAAGACGAAAGAGAUAUCGCAUAAAAUUAAAAAAAGGAAAUCCCCCUUAAAUUUGUGUUUGCUGCGCAAAACAUGGCGCGCAAUAUUUUGGGACGCCGCAGCAUCUCAAUGUCAGCGCCAAUGAUGUUGUCAUUAUCGCUGUGGAUGAUGAUAAUGAUAUUCGCGAGCAAUGCUGAUGCGUAUUCAUCGUAUAUGCAACAACAACAACAACGGACACCCGCACUCGAGGUGGAUGCCCUGCGGAAUGAGUAUUUCCUAUUGGAAAAAUCGCUAUGGGAAUAUCUGAGCAAAACCGCAAAUAGCCAAAACAACAGAGAGACACAGAUCAAGAAGGUAUAUGAUUCGCAUCGCGAAUUCAUCAAUACUCCGCAAAUGAGCAGGAAAUUUCUCAGCGAGCAAUACAACAUAAUGCAUCAUUACGAAUGGACACUCCUGGAGAGUAAUUUGACGCAUUUGAAUAGCAUUUUUGAUUUCUACAAGGACACUCUAAUGAAACGCAUUUCAAGUCAAGAUCUGGAGGAGCGUGCUGUUUUGGAUCUAACCGAGGAAGUGUUGCGCAAUGACACUACAUUUUCAAUGUCGGCAGUAUUUCGUGAUAUCGAGUACAUGAUGGUUAAACAAGCCAUGUACUACAGGGCGAUGGUGAAAUCAGCGGAUGAAAUGUGUAACAUUAAACAAUCGCCCCAACAAUUUGUGUAUUCACUGUACACGGACAUUGCCCUAACCGAACUGAAGGGCUAUACCAUGAUAGAGUUCUCCUGGAUGAUGCUACGUGUCUAUGGCAAAGGUAAUUUCUCCAAGGAAGCGGAAAUAAUGCGUCGUGAUUAUGAGAAACGUACAGAGCGUGCUGUCAAUCUACUGAAAGAGGUGAUGCGACGUGCUGAUAGAAUCGUGUGGCGUUGUGAUCCCACAAAACAUGUAUCGAAAGUAACGUAUGAUGAGGUGACACGAUUGCUACAAGGCUACAUUGAGAAUGAAGUCGACUUAAAUGGGGAUGAGACAUGCCGUGAGACUUGCUCCUAUUAUCAAUCGACACGCAGCGAGGGUUGCUUCAAGGAUAAGUAUUGCGCCCGACAGCCAAAGUGUUCGGGUCGCCUCUACAAUUGCCAGUAUAUUGACUCGGAUAUGUGGGUGUGUCCAUCGCCAUUGAAUAGCACUCGUCGUUACGAAUACAUUGAAUAUGAGAAUGGACGUGUCCUCGGACAGCGACAGAAUUGUGGGCGUGGCACCACCAAAGUGGACAGUUGGUGGCGCUAUCUGUUCUGGCAUUGCAGCUACUGUUUCUGCCUGUGCGAUGAGCAGGGCAUGAAAUCCGAUCGUUUCUUCAAUCUGCGUGAAUCCGUUGCUGAUGUCAAGCAAAACAGAGUCGUCACUGGUCUGCGUUUUGUGAAGAAGAAUCGUGUAUUCCAUUUGCAGAUACAGGAGGGAAGUCUUUUGCCUCGCGGGGCCAUUAACGCCUCAACACUGGAGUGGAAACCCGUCGAUGAGUACAAAAUCUAUGAUAGGAAUGUGGCCCGAGGUGUGGAUUAUCACACAAUGAGCUAUGAGAGUCGAUCCAUUGAUCUUGAUGAUAUUCAGAAAACGGAUGAUAACACUUUUGUUGUAACUGGCGUACGUUUUCGGGUUUUGGGCGCACAUCUGAAUCUCGAGGCGCGUCUCAGUGAAUUCGAUUUCAAAAAGGGAGAACUUAUUCAACCGGAAGUCAACAGCGUCUGGCAAUCCAACGAUAACACCGAUGUCAGCGGCGAACGCAGACAAAAAUUGAGUGUGCAUAAUUUGGAUGUGCCGACACGUUCAAUUGCCAGCUCAUUGCCACAAUCGAAGCAUAAUCAAUAUAUUGAAUUUGUUAAUUCGGGAUUGGAUAAGGAUGCGGCACAGAGUACGGUACCAUUUAUCGAUAUCCAGGAUGUUGUUUCGAAUCCGCCAGUACCAUUAUCCGGCAUUGGCAUCUACUAUAAGGCUCGUCUAGGCUUUGGCGGCUUUGUUGCGCCCAAAAUCAUCACCUACGACUUUACACCACACGUUCAGGUGCCAAAGAAUAUUUCCUAAAUGGAUAAUUGUAUCACGCGCAAUCCCCUACUCCCCUCUCAUAAUUUUAUAGCUUUCUAUAUAGGUCUAUAACUAAUUACAUCUUUAUAAAUCUAUCUAUAUAAAUAACUGUAUAACUUUUGUGACGAACAAAGCAUAAUACACAAAAGAAAUAAAAGAAUACAAACAAUAUUCUAAAUUGGAACUGUAGCCUUAAACAAAACAAUCGGUAUACAUAGAAAUAUGUACUAAUAAAAAUUUAAAAAUAAUUAUAAA